GUAACCCGGAAGUUGGUUGGAGUUGUGAAUCUUGAAUGAGAAAUGUCUUCGCAAAGAUUCCAAUUUCGCGCUUAGACCACUGUCAUCGAGAAAAAAGUAAAUAAUUAUUCUUAAAAAAUGCAACAAACUUGUAAAUAUCCCUCAGUCAUAUGUGUCAUCUUACAUUUCUAUUUUUAUAAGGCGAGUCAGCAGCUAGUUCCUAGUAUAAUAGAGAAAUAUAUCGCUUUGUUUGCACUGCAUGCCAUGUUGCUUACUAGCUAGCUCCUGUUAGCUAGUUAGCUUUAGCUCAAGUCUCUUGUGUUUUGUCCAUCAGGACUGUUGUCACCAUGAGUAAACGAAAGGUGAAAGAAACACACAUGACAGUCGGCGAAUGUAUUUCUCAGGUUUGUAUUCGUUUGUUUUUAUAGAAUAUUUACAUUGAACAGGCAACAUAAAUUAUCAAUGCAUUUGUUGGUGGUGGUGACCUUACCCAGAUAACACAUUAAGGUAUGAUGUCCCAUGAACAACAUUACUCACAAAUACUUAAACUUGUAGGUUCAGGUGAUAUUGAGGGAGAGAUUCUGUCAUCAGAGACUUCCUGAAAAGCCAGUGGGAAUGGAAUCACAACACAAGUAGGUACCUUGGUGGUGCUGACCUACUAACUAAGGUUUUAUAAAUUGACAAACAUGACACCGACUGUACUGUAGCAGAUUGAUUAAUGUAAGGGUAUAAGUUGGGUUUAUUUGCCAUGACACAUGACAAGUGUGUUUUAUGAGGGGUACACCACAGGUCAUGUAUCAUGGCAAUGUGCAUUUUUGGGGGGGGCUGAAAGUCUCAGCAUAAUAAGCUUAACUGUUCAGAUUUUCAAUUUCACAAGGACCCUGUUGUUUAUUAUUUUGCUCCAGCCACACCUACACCUGUCAUGUCUGUUUCUGUGUCUGUGCUGUCUAGUGUCACACUGUGGCAGCCACCGGCCGCGUUCAAAACAACUGGAAACUCAGAGAAAUACGAGGUCAAAUCAUGACGUCAGUGAUCUUCAGGUCGGAAAGUCGGAGCUCUAGAAAGAGGCCUGAGUUCCCGAGUUGGAAUUACGAGUUGGAUGACCGUUUAAAUAGUUUUUUUUUCAGAGUUCCCAUUUGUUUUGAACGCACUGAAGUCGGAAGUCAGAGAUUUCCCAUUUGCCAGUUGUUUUGAAUGUGUCAACCGGCCAGGAUAUAUACUGAGCUGCAGAGAGUAGGGCAUUGUGGGUAACGGUCCUUGUGUUAAUGUUCCAGACACCUGCUGGAGCUGCUGAGGAGGACAGCUGUCCACGGAGAGAGUAACUCUGUACUCAUCGUUGGACCCAGGGGAUCUGGGAAAACAAUGGUAUGGAAUGCUAAGAGGCUAGCCUGGUCCCAGAUCUGUUUGUGCUGUCUUGCCAACUCCUAUAGUCAUUACCUAGCCUGGUCCCAGAUCUGUUUGUGCUAUAUAGCCAACUCCUAUAGUCAUUACCUAGCCUGGUCCCAGAUCAGCCAACUCCUAUUGUCGUCGUCAUGCAUGUUGACGUUCUUCUGUUUUCUCCAGCUCCUGAACUGUGUCUUGAGAGAGUUGCUGGAGGUGAAGGAUGUCAAUAAGAAUGUGUUACCGGUCCACCUGAAUGGUAGGUAGUAGGAUGUCUGUGAUUGGUUUCUGUGUCUGUCGGUUCUCUGUUUCUGCAGUGUCUGUUAAUUCUCUCCCAAACUCUUCUUCUCUGUCCUCUGUCUCUCUAGGUCUUUUACAGACUGAUGAUCGAAUAGCGCUCAAAGAAAUCACACGGCAGCUCAAUCUGGAGAAUGUUGUUGGAGACAAAGUGUUUGUAAGUAAUGUAGACAGUAAGACGGUGUUUACAGAAGUUAUGCUGUAUGUUAUGUUCCUUUGCAACUUAGAACUUGCUCUUUAUUUGGUUGUUAUUCUCAGGGUAGUUUUGCAGAAAACCUGGCCUUCCUUCUUGAGGCGUUGAAAAAAGGUAAUCAUUUCUGCACAUUGCCCUCACUGUAAUUUAGAAGAAUCCUCCCCAUUUAUGCUGAUAGUAUGUCUCUACAGUGUACUGUUCUGUCUUUGUCCCAGGUGAUCGUAGCAGCAGUCGGCCUGUCCUCUUCAUUCUGGAUGAGUUUGACCUGUUUGCCCACCAUAAGAACCAGACUCUGCUCUACAACCUCCUGGACGUCUCCCAGUCUGCCCAGGCUCCCGUCGCUGUGAUCGGCCUCACCUGCAGACUGGUAGGGGCUCUUCUGCCUCAGUUUGAGUUCUGUUCUAUCUAGUAUUUAGACCUCAGGGACCAGUGAUGAACUAGUUUUAGUUUCAAAAGGAUAGAUUUCAAUCUAAUUCUAUUCUACUCAAUUCUAUUAUACUCUAUUCUACUAUAUUGUACUCUAUUCUAUUCUACUCUACUCACAGGCGGCCUGUGGUACCUUAAUUGGGGAGGAGGGGCUCUUAGUAAUGACUGGAACGGAAUUAAUGGAAUGGUAUUGAACAAGAGAAUGAAAGAGAAGAGAAUCUGUUUGUGGCAAACCAUGUGUUUGAUACCAUUCCGUUUACUCCAUUCCAGCCAUUAUUAUGAGCCGUCCUCCCCUCCGCAGCCUCCUGUGACUCUACUCAAUUCUACUUUACCCUCUUCUCUUUCAUUCUCUUCUCUGGUGAUCACAACUGGUCUCGUCUCUGCUUGCUGCAGGAUGUCCUGGAGCUGCUAGAGAAGAGGGUCAAGUCCAGGUUCAGCCACAGACAGAUCCACCUGCUCAGCUCCCUGAGCUUCAGACAGUACCUGGACAACGUCCGCUCACAGCUCAGCCUGCCACAAGACUUCCCCGACACCAAGUUCUGUGAGGAGUGGAACGACGGCAUCAAGGUGAGACCAGGCCAGUCCAGGACUGCAAACAUUAUUAUACAUUUUUUUUAGAAUUCUAGAUUUGUGAUGUGCUGUAGUUGGCUUUAUCUGAAAGGCAUUUUUCUUCUGACUCACGAUGCCUCCGGACUCUCUCUCAGACGCUAUGUGAAGACCAACCAGUGGUGGAUGUCUUACAAAGACAUUAUAACUCCAGCAAAGACUUCCGCUCCUUGCACUUGUUGCUGGUAAGAGUUUGUAUUUAUAGAACAUGUCUGUAGUAUUAAAGCAAAGAGUGGGAAAAAAAAUCUGUAUGUUGCUUUGUGUGUGUGGCCCCUUCUCUGCAGAUGCUGGCUCUGAGCCGUGUGACCGCAUCUAAACCUGCCAUCAAGCCCACUGAUCUCUUGGAGGCCAGCAGAGUCUGUAUGGUGGACUCUAAAGCAAACAUACUUCAUGGUAAUUUAAAGCCUAAAGCCAUUACUGGUAUCACUUGCUGGAGCUAGGGUUGUUUUGAAGAACAAGACAGGGUAGAGCCCUGGAGCUAGGGUUGUUUUUAGAGCCCGCAGCUCACACAUUCAGUGUUAUUGGCCUCUAGUGAAUGAGAAUAGCCUGGUCAGUUUGAGAGGAUUUCUUUGAUGGACGUAUGACCAUUUUAUAAAACAUUGAUAAUUUUGCUUCGUUGUUCUUUCCAGGUCUGUCCAUUCUUGAACUGUGCCUGAUAAUUGCCAUGAAACACUUGAAUGACAUCUAUGACGGAGAGCCGUUUAACUUCCAGAUGGUUCACAAUGGUAAGGAAAACAGUACGUAACAGCUGGUAUGUGAUUGUUGGGAAUGACAUACGUUUAUGUUAAUAUAUAUUUUAUUUUUGUCAGAGUUCAAGAAAUUCCUCCAGAGGAAAUCCCAUUCUAUCCAUAACUUUGACAAGCCAGUCGUCAUAAAGGUGGGUCUGCAUGACAUGGUCUCAGUAGAAUGACAUCAUCAGACAUUUCCAAUAGUAUACUUCAUAAAGAUCCUAUAAAGUUUUUGUAGAUAAUUCUCAAGUAAGUGUGCUGAUCAAUCCAAGAUGGCGUAGCAGUGCGGUCGUGUUUUUUUUCUGUGUCCUUGUGUAAAUAGCAAUUUUUUUUGUUUUUUGUCUAUUUUGUAUAUAUUUCUCAAUUUUACUUUUCAUUCUUUAACUAAAUAUAAUUUCCUGCAACCCACCUCACCCAACGUGGAAAGGAUUCUAUUAUUUCUUUAUCACUUUUAUCAAGAACCUUAAGCUGAAACUAGUCUAGCUGCAACCGAAUGGCUUCUUGCUAUUAGCCAACGUUAGCGUCUUCACCAUUGUCCGUGCCUUUACAUUUUAGUCUUAGCAACGCUCUUAUCCAGCACUUACAGUUAGUGAUCAAUUUUUUAAUUUAUUUUUUUCAUACUAUGUCCCCUGGAACCGAACCCACCCUCGUUGAAAGCCAUGCUCUAUACUGAGUCUUUAUCCCUACGCCAUCCCUCCUAACCUGAAACGCUAGCCAUUGGCACUGCAUGAGUCUCCCUGCUGCCCGUGCGCAGCUGAUUCGACCAUGUCUCAGUGGCACGCUACUACCAUGCCAGUGCUUAGCCCUGCCACUAGGCCUGGACAAUUGUCGGCCAGUCUGCACAGCGUGCUAUCGACCCAGAGCAUAUCGGAUUUUCUGCCGAAAUCACUGGACCCUAGCGCCGGAUCAUCGCAACCAGCUAGCUGCAACCAAAUGGCUGUUGUUAUUGGCUAAUUACCAUUGCCCCUUAGCAAGCACCAGUUAGCCUUGAGCUAGCCUCGAGCCAGGCCCAUCUUCCGGCUAUCUACCUCUGUCAACCGGACGGGACCUCCUAGUGUUGACACGGAGCCCCGCCGAUCCAACACGACUGGUUUGCCGACGAAAUCGUCUGAUGUGGUUUCAACAGGCUUCCCGUUACGACGUCGACCACGAAGAUCCAUCUGCUAUCCCCGGCCCGCUAGCACACACAAGCCGGGCCUCUUGCUCGCCAGUGCUGUAGCAGCCCCCGAACUACCUCCGAACUCUCCUAUUGCUGUUCACCGGACCUUAUGAUAACUCAGCUAUACAGCUGAUGCCUGCUGGACUGUGCCUUAAUACGGUACCGCAUCCUGUUUAUGUUUAGCCUCAGCCCAAACUUUGUCGCCGUUACCAGCUGUUGUGUUAGCUCUCUCGAAUAACACCUGUGCUUGCUUUAUGCCUCUCUCCCAUGUCAAUAUGCCUUGCUUAUUGCUGUUUCGGUUAUUUCUUAUUGUACUAUUUCACUGUAGAGCCCCCAGCCCAGCUCAACCUGCCUUAGAUAGCUCCUUUGUCCCACCCCCCAUACACACGGAGACCGACUCAAUUGGUGCCUCCAGUGAUGCUAUCUCUUUCAUCAUUACCCAACGCUUAGGUUUACCUCCACUGUACUCGUAUCCUUCCAUAUCCUUGUCUGUACAUAAUGCCCUGAAUCUAUUCUACAACGCCCGGAAAUCUGCCCCUUUUUUUCUCUGUACCCAACGCACUAGAAGAACAGUUCUUAAAGCCUUUAGCCGUAUCCUUAUUCUACUCCUCCUCUGUUCCUCUGGUGAUGUAGAGGUUAACCCAGGCCGUGUAGCCCCCAGUAUCACUCCUACUCCCCAGGCGUUAUCAUUUGUUGACUUCUGUAACCGUAAAAGCCUUGGUUUCUUGCACGUUAACAUCCGAAGCCUCCUCCCUAAGUUUGAGUUAAUCACUGCGUUAGCACACUCCCCCGUCUUAUCUUAGCUCACUGGUCACCAUAGCAACACCCACCCGUAGUCUGCGCUCCAGCAGGUAUAUCUCACUGGUCAUCCCCAAAGCCAACACCUCCUUUGGCCGCCAUUCCUUCCAGUUCUCUGCUGCCAAUGACUGGAACGAACUGCAAAAAUCUCUGAAGCUGGAGACUCUUAUCUCCCUCACUAACUUUAGGCGUCAGUUGUCAGAGCAGCUUACCAAUCACUGCACCUGUACACAGCCUAUCUGUAAUUAGCCCAUCCAACUACCUCAUCCCCAUAUUGUUAUUUAUUUUGCUAAUUUGCACCCCAGUAUCUCUAUUUGCACAUCAUCUUUUGCACAUCUAGCAUUCCAGUGUUAAUACGAAAUUGUAACUAUUUUGCACUAUGGCCUAUUUAUUGCCUUACCUCCAUAAUUUACUACAUUCGCACACACUGUAUAUAUAUUUUAUGUUGUAUUUUAUGACUUGUGUUUUUUUUUACCCCAUAUGUAACUCUGUGUUGUUUUUUAUCGCACUGCUUUGCUUUAUCUUGGCCAGGUCGCAGUUGUAAAUGAGAACUUGUUCUCAAUUGGCUUACCUGGUUAAAUAAAGGUGAAAUAAAAAAAAUAAAAAAAAUUGAUUUCCUUACAUGAACUGUAACUUUGUAAAAUCGGUGCAUGUUGCGUUUAUAUUUUUGUUCAGUAUAUAAUGCUGUAUGUUGUCCCUGACUAAGGUGUAUUAUAAUACAUACAGUCUUGGCAUACAUGUGGCCUAUUGUAUUAUCUGAUACUCAAGAUUUACUCAACCCAACAACACUCUGUUCCAGGCGUUUGAGCACCUGCAGCAGUUGGAGCUGAUUAAGUCUAUGGACGGCUCCACAGCUAAGAUCCAGAAGGAGUACCAGCUGAUGAAACUCAUGUUGGACCACAGCCAGAUCAUGGAGGCCCUGCAGAAAUACCCACAAUGCCCCACAGAUGUCAAACAGUGGGCCUUGUCUGCCUUUGGUUAAAGGUACAUAUUCUUCUAUAUUGGGUCCAGAGGGGCAGUUUUGGAUAACCAAUGAAAGAUAUGGGACCGUGGCCUGGACCCUGUCCUCAUGGACAGACAAUGAAUGACCUGACCAAAAUGUUUCUGCCAUGUGUACAUUCCUUGUGUGUAAAUAUAAAUAUUUGGCUGUACUAAUUGAAUAAAGUCAUGCAAAACAAAAUCAUCAGUGU